AUGAAGAGAAAAGGAGGAGGAAGCAUGUCCGCUGGAGCCUGCAGUCACCUGUUGCGGGGCGCCUGGCUGCUCUGCUGCUGCCAAGUUGUUCUUGUGGCUGCGUCCAGGAGUAAACUUUGGGACGUCCCGGUCUCUUCUAACGUCAGCCACAGUCUUCAGUGGGAGCCAGAGUGUCCCCUGCAGGAGAAGGCAAAGAUCACAGCCAGUGUCCCUCCAGCGCUGGAUGGUACCUGGGUGUCUACAAGAUGUGAAGUUCGUCCAGGUCCAGAGUUCCUCCUCCGCUACUACUCCUUCCACCCGACGCGCCACCUACAGGCGGUCCAACACUACUACACCGACAGCACCUGCGAGGACCCUGCCUACUCUCUCCUCAUUCGUGGCAAGCUCCGUCUGCGUCAGGCCUCCUGGAUCACCCCGGGGGCCACUGAGACUGACCACCACAUCAACAAAGUGGCCAUCGUGGUCCACAACCACUCGGCGAAGCAAAGACUGGCCUCCCGCCUGCCCCCGUCCUGCGUGGGGAUGAUCCUGAGCCGUGUGGUCCCGGGGAAGUUGUUUGAGCUGCACAACACCAGGGCAGGCCGGGUUUGUCUGUCCGCUUUGGGCUUUUCCAUGAUGGAGCUGGGGCUGGUCCGGGUGGAGACACGACAGUUGGCCAAUGGAGGAAAAGUCCAGGAGAUGUUUCUGGGUGAUAUUCACACACAGUGGACACAGAGGACGCACCAUAUACCUACGGGGUACCAGGCGCCCCUGCAGAACGUGAUGCACCACAUCCAUCCCUGCCCCGUGUGCGCCCUGGUCUACCGCUCCACAGAGCUGCGUCCCCCGGCCUUUCCCCGCGGACCCUCUCCUCCUUUGCAUCUGUCGGGACGAUGGGUGAGCCAGCGCUGCGAGACCCGGCCCUCUGCCCUCUUCCUCACCCGAGACUUCACCUUUGAGCCCGACAUGCACCAAUGGAGGGGUAUCUACCGGCACUACUCGGACCCGUCUUGCUCCCAACCCACCUUCACUCUCACCGCGUCCGGACACUACGCUCAAGGCAACCCGUCCACCAAGAUCACCACGGCGACCGAGUUAGUCUUCAAGGUUACUCAGGUGCGAGUGACGCCCUUGGACGAAGCUACGGCCAAGUUGCUCAGCUCCACGAGACCGGGGAAGUGCGGUUUGACGGGAAGUUGGGAGGUCGGGAUCGAGCAAGACAUUACAGCAUCACACGGGUGCACGGCUUUGGGUAUCAAACUGCCCCAUAAGGAAUACGAGCUCUUUAAAACUGAGCUGGACCACAGAAAACAAGCGCUGCUGUUCAUUGGGGAAAGGCCCACGGAUGGAUCAAGCCCGGACCGACAGCAAAAGAGGCCCACUUCCUUCCAGACGCCCCUGGUGCAGUGUGCUGGAGGGCAAGAGGAGAGACUACCCUCCCCUGGGCAGAGAUUAGGUUCCCAUAGCAGGCAAAUUCAGCUGUCGUCCGGCGGGACAGAGCGAUGGAGAGGACAUCUGCUCGUGCUGGGCUUGGUACUGUGCACCUGGGUGUGUGUUUACUAG